GAUAUGUCAAAUACUUAGUUCAGUUUGGAGUUAGCAUGGAACCUUGUAGGACACUGCUUUUGCUAAUACCCUUACUCCUACAAAGCCAUUUGUCUAUAAGCACGAAAAGGCAACCAGUUCUUCGAAAUCAUGAACACCAUAUCAAGACAUCAGAGUGUCAUAUUCCAUACAUAAUAAAACCGGUCAAAAAUAAUAAAAGGAACAUAAAACAUGACAAGGUUUGUUCCAAAGAGAGUUUGAUAAACCUUGGUUUCGACGACAAAAUCCAGCGAUAUGUGUUAUAUGUAAAUGAUUCUGUGGCCCAGCUGAAAUUAAAGUCUAUGGAUAAGAACUCUCCCAACUUGGUUGGAUACAAUUGCAGUUAUCGUGAGAUUAGAAGAGUUAAUCGCAUCUUUACUGUUGAUGCACCUGCUGUCCUUGGGGACGAAGUUAAUUUUUGGAAUGGCUAUAUUGUUCCCCGCACCGUUGAGGGUAUGAGAGCAGCCUGCCGAAAUGAGCUGGCAGAGGAUUUACAAUCGGAUACUUUUGCAUUAGUCCAGCCUCGCAAAACAUACGCACCACUUAUGUCCUGGCACCGCAGACCGAGUGUUCUAAUGAUUGGAAUCGAUGGCAUUUCCCAGAUCAACUUUCGCCGCAAGUUCCCCAUUGCAUUCAACCAUCUUAAAAUGCAGGGCUGGUUCAAGAUGGACGGAUACACAGAUAUUGGUGAGAAUACCCAGUCCAGUGUAAUGGCUUUACUGACUGGAUACAGUCCUCACACUUUGAUGAACCUCAAAUGCAACUCCAGUGGGAUUGGUUGCCUCAAAACUGUUCCGCUGAUAUGGAAGCAUUUCAAGAAGAAGGGUUACAUAACCGCCUAUGGCGAUGGAAUGUCCGAUUUGUCAAUAUUUAAUUCGGAUAAGUAUGGGUUUUUUGAAGGCCCCAUUGACUUUUAUGCUCGGCAUAUUCUGGAGCAGAAGAAUGGCCAAAGUUGCAUUGAUGGACGAUACGACUACUGUGAGGAAUUUUUAAAACGACAUUCUAAUUCAUCCCGACCAUUAUUCGGAAUUUUCUUCGAGAACGGAAUACCCCAAAAAUCCUAUGAUAAUGACAAAAUACAAACUGAGCUGUUGGAUAGAGUGAAGAUAUUCAAGAAAAUGGGUAUUCUUACCCAGUCAAUUGUCAUUCUAUUCAGCUAUCCCAGGCCAACUGUGAGAGAAAAGAAAAGGAACUUUCUUGAGGAAAGUUUACCCAUCUUGUACAUUUGGUUACCACCCUGGUUCAGAGCACUGCGUCCUGAAAUAGUUCAAGCCUUAAGGAUCAAUAGUAAACGUCUUACAUCCCCAUACGAUCUUCAUCUCACACUGCAACACCUCUUGGAACUGGGAGAACGCUGGCCUCGAGCGGUGGACAAACUGGUGGAUUGCCCCACUUGUCAGACCCUUUUUGCUCCUGUUCCCGAGAAUCGAACCUGUUCAGAUGCCGGCAUAGGAGAAUCCAACUGUCCCUGUGAUGCCUACAAGUUGCUUAACACCAAACAAAUAAAACAAGUGUCUUUGGGAAAGCUACUCGUGCGCAGCAUAAAUGAAUUCCUUCAUCAUCACAACUUGCAGGAGCUGUGCCACAAUCUUACACUUAAGUCAAUCAAGAUGAUGAUGCAACGAAAGGACAGAAAGUUAUCAAGUGGCAGCACCUAUAGAGUAUAUUUCACUGCCACCCCAAAUAACGCAGAAUUUUCCACAACUACUCGCUACAAUCACAAGCGCCAAGAGCUGGAAUAUAUAAAUGUAGAGUCCAUAAACCGAUUGAAUCACUAUCAAAAUGACUCGAGUUGCAUGCGAAGAUUACGAGGCAGAAAGUUUUGUAUAUGCAAGAGCCGAAUUCUAGGGGAAAUUUCAGUUACCGCUAAGGGAAAUGUGGGAAAACAGCAGAAAAGUAAACUAAUAGAACAUCACAGCAUUCAAGAGCUUAAUAAUAAAAAUAAAAUAGAUGCUAGUUUAUAUGAAUUACCAGAGAUGCAAGAAAGCGACAAGAACAUUCAAAUUAUCUCAGUGUAAAUGUGUUGGGUUUGAAAUAAACUUAUACACUCCGUCUUUUAACAAGUUUAGGAAAUAUAAUCUUUUUGACUGACACAUCGGGUAAAGCGAACAUCUGAAUCUUAUGGCUAUAGUUUCUGGUUAUACUCCAAGUGAUUUGA